AUGUGUCCAGCGAUCUUCUUGUCCGCGGCACUGCUCUGCCUUGUGACAUGUGGCUAUGCCGUCAAAGCAGCAUCAGACUUGCAGAACCCCAUCACGUCGGACGUCAACUCGCCUGCGAUGGCCAAUGACAACCGGAUUCAAUCUGAUGCGAAUACGAAGCAACGGCGCCUGUUUUCGACGUGGGAUAAGAAGCAUUCGGAACCUGAAGCCGACCCGCAGGCGGCUGCAAUGGACAGCGUUGCCGAGGACGCGCAAUUCGACAACAUUGGCGCGCCAGCUCGUGAAAGCACCUACGUCCCAUACAGCGAUGACAGCAUCGAUAGCUCGGACCUUUCCGACAGCUCGGACUUUUCCGACAGCUCCGACACCGUCGGUGUGGCCAGCAAAUCCGGUCGAAUACCUCACUGGCGUCUCUACGUUUACGCUUUGAAGUACAGGAGGUACUUCAAGUGGGACCAUCGUACUCGUGCGCAAGUGCUGCAAGACCUCGCCAUUAACGAGGAAUAUCACGACGGCUGGACUCGACACAAUACGUAUCUCGACAAAGGCUACCUCGUGUAUCUCGACAAGCAAUGUGCACGUCCCAAAAACAUCAACGAGCCCGCUUGUGCUUAG